AUGUGGAAACCAGCAUUGCCUCCAUGGAUUUUAAUAAUAACUAUAUGAAAUUUGGUUUAUAAUGUCUGGCCUAGAGAUAUCCCUGGGGAACAGUUCAAAAUACUUAAUUUUACAGAGGAAUUAUGGCACCCUCAUCUAUCGAAGGCUCAGAUCGAUGACCAUAAUUUUGUCAUAGUUGAUAAUUAUAGAGAGCAUAAAAAGAGGAAUAGACUAGUUUCUAGAGUCCAGGUGAGUCCAGAUCGCCAACAACUAGGAAGUAUUUUAGACCAAGGGUUUUAUGAUGAUGAGAUCAUGGCUGAUACAGAGCUUCCUGGACAGAACUCAACUAAUAAGGGUCCAUUUAACUGAGCUUGAAAAUUUACAUUAUCUGAUACACCAAGAAAAGAUUCCAAUAACUUUCAAACAUUGGUUAAUGAUAAUGGUUCAAUAGAAGAUGGUAUGCUUGGAGAAUUUGUAAGCCUCUACGAUAGUAAUAUCGAUCCAGACGGGGAUAAUACAGUUCCCCUCAGCAGAGUAAAUACAGUUGCGGCUCCAGCCUCUAAUAGACUUCAAACUAAAUAAUAAUGAAACAACAAUUAAUGAGAGUGAUGAAAUGAGUCAAGAUCAGAAUGAAAGCUUGAAUCAACCAAACCCUAGUACUACUUUCCAAGGACAACCUAUCCUUCAGAAUCCUCAAAAUAAUUUUCUCCCACAAUCUUAUCAAGUUCCUCCUCUUAACGAAAAUCCUCAACAAUACCAGAUGGGUAUGCCUCAGUCACAACCACAGGUAGUAUAUGUCCCUGUGUAUACUCAGGACAUGAGUCAACAGUUCAAUCCAAUGAUGGGAGGAGGGCAAGCACAAUUUCAGGAAAAUAAUAACGCUCAGUUUAUGCCUAAUGCUCAACCUCAAUUUAUGCAGCAAGCUUAUCCACAACAACAGAUGCAAUUUACUCAAUCUCAGAUGAUGUAUCCCCAACAGCAGAUGCAGUACCCCCAGCAGCAACAACAAUUUAUGCCUCAAAAUAACCAAGGAAUGCAGCAGAAUUCUCAGGGCAUGGGUCAAAGCCAACAAGCUGGGUAUAUCCAACAACCAUUCAUGAUGACACAACCUACUGGGUUCCAAGUUCCAGGAAUAGUAGGGAUGGGAAUGAAUCAGGUUCCUACCUUAGUCUAUCUAAACGGCCAACCCAGCCCCUAA